AUGGCUUAUGAAUCAUUGGCGUCAGAGCCGAAUGAUGGGGUUACGGAUCAUAAUGAUGAUGCUCUGUAUGUGGGAAUAGACACUCUUAAAGCUGCUAGAGAUAAUAUCAAGGGCUGGUACCUGUAUUCAUUUUCCAGUGAGCCAUUUGUGGUUUCUGCUGUUGCUACAUACGUUCCGUUAUUGCUAGAGCAAUUUGCUAGAAUCAAUGGUGUGCAAUUGGAUGAUCAUAACGCUCCUUGUUCUACAUCAUCAUCCGAUAAAUGUGUCUUAGGUCUGUUCAAUAAUCGAGUCUUUGUCGAUUCUUCUAGUUUUGCAUUAUAUGUCUUCUCUCUGAGUGUCCUGUUUCAAACGGUAGUCGUUAUUUCAGUAUCGGGCAUGGUGGAUAGGUGGAAAACUAUAUCAUUUAGAAAAAAUGUGCUGGUAACCUUUGGCAUGGUAGGUGCAUUCGCAACAGUCUUAAUUUCUUUGCUCAACGAAACCCAGUAUUAUUCAUUGGUGGUAUAUUACAUUGUGGCUAACUCUUGUUAUGGUGUUAUCAACGUAGUAGGAAAUUCAUUACUACCCUUGUUUGUGGAUGACCUUGUUAGGUUGCAACCUGACCAUACAGUGCCCGCCGCCGAAGAGCUAUCUUUGGAUACUGAUGACAAGGAUGGUUUGACUACAGUGAUCAGUGGUCGUGGUGCUAGUAUUGGGUAUUCGGCAGCAUUGGUUGUUCAAUUAAUGUCCAUAUUGCUUGUGCGUCUUAGCCCUUCUAAGCAGGAUAUUCAAUACGCGGUAUUUUUUGUAGGACUUUGGUGGGCAGUAUGGCAGUUCCCUAUGUAUUGGUUGCUUUCUGACAGCAUAAUACCAGAUCAACAAUCCAAUCAGGCAAUUGCAAAUGGUAGAUAUUAUGAUAUCGAUGGUUCCAUAUUCACAUUUGUCAACCUCUCAUCCCUUAAGUAUGGUUGGAAGUUACUGGGUGAAGCUCUGAAACAUGCAACAUUGCUAAGAGAUGUGGUGAUAUUUUUAAUAGGUUGGUUCAUCUUAAGUGAUUCAUUGACAACUAUCAAUUCUACUGCAAUAAUAUUUGCGAAGACUGAACUUCACAUGUCAACAAUCAAUCUAAUUUCGCUAAGUAUAAUAACCAUGAUCAGUGCUAUGGUUGGUGCUUUCGCUAUCCCUCAGAUAGUAUCGACAUCUCUACAUGUACCUCCUCAACGCACUAUAUUACUAAUAAUAUGUUGGGCCAGCAUUAUUCCAUUAUAUGGCAUGCUAGGUUUCAUUUUUCAAUCAUUUGGAUUGAAGCAUCAAUUCGAAAUGUUUAUUUUAGGUGUAUGGUAUGGGAUUUCUAUGGGAAGUGUUGCUGCCGUUUCCAGAUCUCUAUUCACCAUCAUCAUUCCGAAAGGUAGAGAAUCCACAUUCUUCAGCCUUUUCAGUAUUACUGACAAAGGUUCCUCAAUAGUCGGACCAUUUAUUAUUGGCAUAGUAACAGACAAAACACAUAAUAUAAGAUAUUCAUUUUUUAUUUUGUUUAUAUUACUAGUCUUCUCGUUGCCAAUAUUUAAGAUGCUUAAUGUGGAAAGAGGUAAAAGAGAGGCUGAAGAAAUCAGUAAAUUGCAUGUAAACAUCGAUCCCAUCCAAGACUAA